AUGGUGCUUAUUAAGUACACACAUCAGGUGUUAAGUAGUCUAAUUCCAGCAGGAACAAAUGACCUGCGGAACCUCUCAGUCCUACAGCAGAGAGAGAGGAGUCUAUCACUGCGCCUGCUCCUCUGAGCUGCCAGGAUCCCAUGCAGAGGGUGACUGCUAUUACUGAGGAUACCCUCCAUUAAACACCUCAUCCUCUUCUCCACUAACUGACCCACAGAGUCCACUUUCCCGCCCAUAACUGACACACACUUCCUUACAAGCUUAUCCAGUCUGUUCCUGUCCCUAACAGUAAUGCUGCUUCCCCAGCAGGCAACACCAAAGAAGACAGCACUCGACACAACCGAAUGAUAGAAUGUGUGCAGAAACUCUUUACACACAUCAAAUGAUUUAAGCUUCCUGAGGAAGUAAAGCCUGCUCUGUCCUUUUUUAUAUGCUGCACUCGUCUGCACUGACCAGUCCAGUUUGUUGUCCAGGUGGACUCCGAGAUACUUAUAUGACUGAACAUUCUCAAUGAUCUGUCCAUCGAUGAUAACAGGCUGAUGGGAAUGUUUCAGUCUCCGGAAAUCCACGAUCAUCUCCUUGGUCUUCAGUGCAUUGAGGAGAAGACCUUUUCUUCUACUCCAGGCUGUAAAGGCAGCAACAAGAUCUCUGUACUCUCUUUCAUCCCCACCUCUUAUACAUGCCACCACAGCUGUGUCGUCUGAAUAUUUCUGAAUGUGGCAAAGUUCAGACAUAUGUUUAAAAUCAGCAGUGUAAAGAGUGAAGAGAAAUGGUGACAAUACUGUACCCUGAGGAGCCCCAAUGUUGGUUACCACCGUCUCAGACCUGCAACCACCCAAACUGACAUACUGCGGACGCUCUGUGAGAUAGCUGUAAAUCCAUGUGACUAACAUAGCAUCCACACCUAUCAUCUCCAGCUGUUCCCUCAGAAACUGCGGCCUGAUAGUGUUAAAGGCACUUGUAAAAUAAAAAAACAUGAUCCUUGUGUAUCCCCCUGUCCCGUCCAGAAACGAAAGUAUCUUGUGGGUCAUAUAUAUUACUGCAUCCUCCACACCCAUGUUCUCCUGAUAUGCAAACUGUAAGGGGUCCACAGCCUGCUGCACCUGAGGCUUGAGAACCCGCAGCAAAAGCCUCUCCAAUGUCUUCAUGAUCACUGAAGUCAGGGCCACUGGUCUGUGGUCCUUCACCCCUACCGGCCUCCCUACUUUAGGGACCGGCACGAGGCAUGAUGUUUUCCACUGGACAGGCACUUGUCCUGUGCGCAGACUCAGGUUGAAAAUUGAUUGUAGAGGCAUCGCCAGUCCUGAUGCACAUUCUCUUAGAAGCCGAGGCGAUACGCCAUCAGGACCCGCAGCUUUCCCUGGACGCAGCCUACGUAGUUCAGCAUAAACCUCAUCUAUGGAAAAGCUAUGUGGGGUCACAGCAGUACAUCUGGAACAGCUGCCGGGUGGAGCAGUGCAGGUGGUCACAGCAGAGGGGGUGGUACAACUGACGGAUGGAGUAGAGCAAGUGGUCCCCACAGAGGAGGUGGUACAGCUGCCGGGUGGAGCAGAGCAGGUGGUCACAGCAGAGGAGGUGGUACAGCUGCCGGGUGGAGCAGAGCAGGUGGUCACAGCAGAGGAGGUGGUACAGCUGCCGGGUGGAGCAGCGCAGGUGGUCACAGCAGAGCAGGUGGUCCCAGCAGAGGAGGUGGUACAGCUGCCGGGUGGAGCAGAGCAGGUGGUCACGGCAGAGGAGGUGGUACAGCUGCCGGGUGGAGCAGAGCAGGUGGUCACAGCAGAGGAGGUGGUACAGCUGCUGGAUGGAGCAGAGCAGGUGGUUCCAGCAGAGGAGGUGAGGGGCCCACUGGCUGAACUGAACCUACUAUAAAAGUGGUUAAAUUCAUUGGCCUUGUCCACAUCGCCCACUGUCUCGCUAACUUUACUUUUGUAGCCAGUAAUGG